AUGGCACAGAUAGCGCUACGGUCAAUGCAUUAACACUUCACACGACAGAUUGUUGGCAGUGAAUCUACUGAAAAAUUCUAGACAAGAGAUCGAACGUGUGACGGUGUGUGCAUAUUAGAGAAGAUUUUUCCAGGAUAAAAAAGAAGAUCGUGGAACCGUGGGCAGGGUACUUAGAAGUCAGGAUACGAACCUGAUCCAUCUUAAGCGCGGUGAGCCGCCGCGCUGGUGGGCCUAGCAGACGACAUGUUGGCUACAGGGAGUACUUCGUGUCGGAUGUUUUGGUCACGAAUUUCCUCGGGGAUUGUUGAGUGAGGAGAGUGAGCGAACGCAGUGAAAGCGAGGUGGAAAGAGAGUAAGACCACUCGAGGGUGUGUGCGAGAGAGGGCACACGGUUGGAUUCCUCGAGUGGUGGUUGUGCUGUGGUGGUCGACAAGAAGUCCGCGGAGAGGGGUAGAGGCUAACGAGAAGUCGAGGAGGGGGAACCCGGACGAGCCCUCGAAAAAUUGAGGAGUCAACGAAACGAAAAUCAGAGAAGGAAGAAAAGGUUGGAUCGAUUCUCGGUACGGGAUCUCCUUGUGGAUGAAAAUCUGGAAGAACGGUGUAGAAAAUCGCAGGGCAGAGAAGUAGGAGAAAAAAAUUCGUGAGAACGUAAAAAGAAACGGUGGAAACUGCUCCAGUGAAAUCAUCCUCCUUAUCUAUGGGAGCUGUCGAUUCCACGACUUUGUUCGAUUUGCUCGAAUAACGAGGUAGCAGCGUACCGGAGCCGAUCUAUUUUAACUUUUCGUUGUUCUGUCCGAAGGGUAGGGGCUGCGUAGUGAGGCGAGGCGAGGUCGAGCUGUCGUAUGUCGUAUACACGCGUCCGAGUCCCUUCCUCCUGAAACGAUUUCGCGUGUCUCGUGUUCGCGGGCCAUCACAGGAGGCGCAUCGGACAGUGCACGUCAACCUAUUAUCCCAGUCCCGGUCUUGCUCCCACUCUCAAGCGCUGAUCGUGCCUCGUGCGUACUCCCUCUAUCACAACCUGCCGCGAGUGUCUCGCGGCCGGUUUUCGUCAGUGUUCCAACCGAAGAUUCGGAAGUGAUUUGAUUCCUCUUAUAUCGUCGGUAUUUUUUCAUCGAAUCUGCAACCAAUUUAAUCGUGCUCGGUAUUGCACGAUUCGCCUAUAUUCUUCUGAGUGGAUCAAUUUCUUAUCGGGCCAGGUGUCACGACCCCGUAAACCCGUCGUCGUUUCAACACGACCGAUUGCUGGUAGAAACUCCGGCAUUCGGCGAUCAUUCCGAUCCUAUCUUUUCUGUAUAUUCGUACUUAAAAUACGCACAAGAAGUCGAUCGUCGUUCGAAACCAGCGUGUUGGACCAGCAGCACUGUCGUCAAUCGUGUGUAGCUAUGGUUUCGCGGGUAGUGCGAGAUAGUGAAAGAGAAGCCGUGAAGUGAAUCGAGUGUGAGUGCAACGGAGAGAAGACAUCAAGAGAUAUACAUACGCGUAGUUGUUGCUAGUGUACAAAACGGAGAUAGUAAACGCACGACAGAGGCAGAAAAGGAGAAAGACCAGCGCACGAGAGAGGGAGUGCUACUCGAGGAAGAGGGAAGGACGAAACUCGAGUGUGGAGAAGCGCGAUACGGUGAUAGAUAAGUAUCGAGUGACAGACACGGCCGGAACGAAGGAACGAACUUGCAGUAGGUAUAUAGGUACUUGGAAAGGGAGUGAAUCUGUAGGAACUGCGGUGCCAGAGGGUAUACUUAUCGAACGUCACAUUUACGCGAGAUAAACAACACGCGCCGACGGUAGACCCGUUGCGCGAGUCUAUUCUCCCUCGUUCGAGAGUAACAUAGUGGCGAGAUCCGUCUUUCUCUAAGCCGAGAACAACAGAGAACUACAGAAGUGGAAGGGAAGAGCGAAGAGGGUGAGCCGCGCGUGUCUCUCUCGUGGUGUGUCAUGGGGUGUUUCGGCAGCCAGAGCAGUAAGGCCAGCCAGGAUGACAGUAAGAACCAGAAAAGGCGCUCGGAUGCCAUUACCAGGCAAUUGCAAAAGGACAAGCAAGUUUAUCGAGCUACCCAUAGGCUCCUUCUGCUUGGAGCGGGAGAAUCGGGGAAGAGCACCAUCGUCAAACAGAUGAGGAUAUUGCACACGGAUGGUGGCUUCAGCGAAGCGGAAAAGCGGCAAAAAAUCGACGACAUCAAAAGGAACAUCAGAGACGCGAUAUUGACGAUAACCAGCGCGAUGAGCACGCUAACGCCACCCGUUGCUUUGGAAGAUCCGGCGAAUCAGAGCAAAGUCGACUAUAUCCUGGAGGUCUCGUCUGCCACGGACUUCGAUUAUCCCCCGGAGUUCUACGAUAUUGUCGAAACCCUUUGGAAGGACCGGGGCGUUCAACAGAGUUUCGAGAGGAGUAAUGAGUAUCAACUAAUUGACUGCGCCAAAUAUUUUCUAGAUAAGGUAGCCAUCGUUAAGCAACCGGAUUACACACCCACAGAACAGGACAUCCUCAGGUGUCGAGUCCUUACGUCCGGUAUCUUCGAAACGCGGUUUCAAGUCGACAAAGUAAACUUUCAUAUGUUCGACGUUGGUGGUCAACGCGACGAGAGGAGAAAGUGGAUACAGUGCUUUAACGAUGUAACGGCAAUCAUAUUUGUAACAGCAUGUAGUAGUUAUAACAUGGUACUCAGGGAGGAUCCAACAAAGUUAAGACUCAGAGAGAGUUUGGACCUCUUCAAAAGCAUUUGGAACAAUCGGUGGCUUCGCACAAUUUCCGUAAUCUUAUUUUUAAAUAAACAAGAUCUAUUAGCGGAAAAAGUAAAAGCAGGAAAGCACAAAUUAGAAGAUUAUUUUCCAGAAUUUGCGCGAUAUCAGACACCGGCUGAACCUGGGGUAGUGCCAGAUCCUUCGGAACCUCCUGACGUUAUGAGGGCCAAGUACUUCAUUAGAGACGAAUUUCUUCGUAUAAGCACAGCCAGCGGAGACGGUAAGCACUAUUGUUAUCCGCACUUUACAUGCGCCGUCGAUACUGAGAACAUCAAGAGAGUAUUUAACGAUUGUCGGGACAUCAUUCAACGGAUGCACUUGCGCCAGUACGAGCUCUUGUGACUUCGUUCCUGCCGACAUAUCCUGUCAUGUAUUCGUAUAAAAAUUACGGUAGUGCUCCACCCUGAGCUAACUCGAGUCAAACCAGUCGUACCGUGGGCGAUCUGAAUGGUAUCGCGAUGUACGAUGAUAUACAUUGGUGCGUGGAACUCUUCUUCGCGUAUCUGAAGCCGUUUAAUUAUUCAGAAAGUAACGUGUCGAAGACUCCGCGUGUACGCAUACAUGAUUGAUGGCUGCGAGUCGAUCGUUCUUCUUCGACAAAAUUCAAGGAGAAAAGUUGAUACGCAGCGGUUGGGGGUUACCUAAAAAAAAAUCUGUCUCGCAAUGGAGAGAAUAGUUCUCUUUUUGCACAGAAUCGCUUAUUAUGUCAUUGGUGUACAAGCAAAUUAUGCCCCUGCGCAUUCUACUUUAACGAUCGUUUCGACAUAAAAAAAAGAAAUAUCUCGGGCAUUUCGAUCACUCGACUCCUUUUUUAAGUUUCGUCGAGAGUGUGCUGAACGUCGUGAUUAGGGGGAGGAGAAUAAUAUUUGUUGCUAGAAAAACAUGUGCAAUUUUAACUAUUACCUCGUUAAUUUUAUUCUUAUUACGCAUCAAUUCGUUGAUAAGAGGAGUGGGAGAAAGAAAGAGAGCGAUUGAAAGAGAGCGAAUGUUCUAACGUGGGUCAUUGUUAUAGAUUAACACGACGGCGAUCGUGUAACGACUCUUUCGUCCGGCACACUCGUCGCGUUAUUAUCUCGUUCAGAUUUAGUAUUAAGAAUGUUUCCUAAGACUUAGGUAAUUUCACCGAUAAAAAUCCUUAUCGUUGAACGUUUCUUUACUCAUUUUUCGAAUCUCUAUUUUUUCCUUGCCCCUUAAAACAAUUUAAUUAUAUGAUAUAACCGUGUUUAUUGGUAAACUAAUUUUUUCGAAUUUCCGAAUCUCGACUUUUAAUCGCAUUGGCCCGACCCGUAGGAGUCUCAGCCGCACCUUUUUACAAGAAGAGUAUUUUGUGAGAUUUUACAGUAUUUCGAAGAGCGUUUUAAUUAUAUAACUAUGUAUCAAAUAUGUACAGGGUGACCGUCCACGGAUUCAUGUUUUUAUGUGCGUUUCCUAUAAAUCGAGAUUCCUCACUGAUAUCGUUUUUACUGAUUUCCAUUGAACUACUUUAAUUCGUGUACUUAGGCACAUAUAUUAUCAUUGUAGCUAGUAUCUACAUAUAAAUCCUAAACGUACACAAGACAAAUGUGCCACGUGGGAAAUUCAUUUUACACGUACACUUCUGACUAUAGCGUUAGGCUCCAACAUUACAACAAUCAAAGUACGUCAAUGUGAACGUUAUUACAUACGGAGGUAUAAUAUGUUGCUUAUUUAUUCGACUUCGUAACGUAAAGUCCCGCGUCCCGUUUUCGAGUAAAUGCUUUAUGUCCCGAGAGUAUGCAAUGGUAACAUGUACAAAUUUCGAUCGAUUCAUCCAAAUGAUCAGUUAUCAUCGGAACUUCUUAGGGUAAAGUUUCCUGAACCAAAGUGCGAUGUGCGAAUUUCUUAUCUCAAGUAUCUUUACUAUUUGGACACCCUGUAUAUGGUAAGUCUCCUAUUGUUUUCUUUCGAAUCUUAAUCGUAUCUUUCCUUUCACAUAUUUUUUUCUCAAUUUCAUACCAGAUCCAGAGGACGAGAGGAGUUUGUACGCGUGUGCAAACUGCUUUGGAACUACGCGCAUUGCGGCUAUAUCUCGCACGUGCGUACACACGUGCAUUCUACUGCUAUAAAUAUAUAAAGUGAUGAAUUGAUACACGUAUUAGUAACAGAAAGAAAAAGAUAGAAAAUUCUUCGUGGCAGCACGUUCACUCGCAUACAUACACCCUCGUACCCCUAGAUUAAGUGCGGGUUACUGAUCUGUGUAACAUCUACUUUUAUAAUAGGUAACGAGAGUUUUUUUUAUCGUCAAAUUAAACUGAAUAAAAUAGGGAUACGAAUAAGCCACGUUCCGGUUUAUGUAACGCAACGUAAAUAUAUUGGGGCAUCCGGUCUUACUAUCCUUAUUAUCGUCUUGUUUUAAACGUUUUUCUAAUAAAUUUGAUCAUGUUCACUCUUAUUUCUUCCUUUUCUUUCAUUACGAUCGAUCACUUCUUUGUGAAGCAGAAGAGAUGAAAAGAAAAUUGUUCAUAGAACGUUUCUCGGAAGGAAGACAAACUCUGGCAGUUUGAUUGAUAUUUCCCUUUUUUAUUUUUUAUAUGACUACUCGGUCUUGCGACGUUUUCUCUUUUUUGAAACUUUACGACAAUGGAUCAUUCUUCUUUUCGUGUCCUUUGGAAACUGUUCUUAUCCAGCAGUAUGGAUAAUCUGAUUAUUUUUAAUCCAUUAGAUAAUGUUCUAUCCGAUCAUGUUUAAAUGUUGUGGCUAUCGAAACGAUGAGGAUAGAAAUUCCGGACAUUGCAUAACGGUUACUCCGCACAUGCUGACAAGCCCACACCCUCAUAAAUGUAUUCUCAUGUAAUAUCAAUAUAUGGGCCCGUGUGCAUACAUAUAUAUGUAUACCUAUCGUACUAAUACAUAACUGACAAGCCAUAGUUUGUAACGGUAUUUAUAACUUUACGAAGUGUUAUUUUUACUGUAAAACUUGAUGACAGAUGUAAGAGUGAAAGUAAGGAUGUUAGGGAGUGAGAGACAGCGAGCCUGCGAAUAUACAUAUAUAAUAUUACCUGUCAAUGAAACUUCCGUGAAACUUUAAUGUUCAUCCAGCACAAAGAAAUAUGAAACAUCAUUUUGUGUAUGUCAGUGUACGAACGAGUAACGAGUAUUGCGUAAUUAAUAUUGUUGCGAGCAUUCUUACGCGUUUUAUUUUUUCGUUACGAUUUUAUUUUCUUUCCCUUUUCUUUCGAAUGGAGAAUCGCGUUCGUCCUAAUUUUGAAUGCUUUAUUCAACGGUAUUGAACAACAGAAAAAAAGGGAAAGAAAAAAUACGAUAUGAUUGACCAUAACGAAGGGAAAAGAAAAAAACAAAUCACAUACAAAAAUGUAUUGAAGAAGUAUUGGUAGAUUGAUUGUCCGUUUUCGUCGGUCGCGAUACAAUAAAAAAACACAACAAAAGUAAAAGAUAAUAUAUAUCCUUGCUACUUGAAUGUAAACAAAAUUUGUAAGUGUAAUGAUGAUCGACUAUUGUAUGCGCGUAUGCAAGCGAGAAACAAACGGAUACCGAAUUAAUAAUUAACUAAUAAAUUUUACGUGGCCACGAUUAUACCGAUAUAGAUAUACAUAUAUACAUUAUAUAUACUUACAUAUAUAUAUUAUAUAUAUUGUAUACAUACGCCGAUCGCACAAGUUCUUUUCUUUUAUUGUACGUACAAUAUACCAGGCAUGCGAAUAUGUACAUGUAAAAAUAAGCGGUGCAAGUAAUUAUUAUUUGCAAAUACAAUAAUGACAGGUUCGUACGGAUGGGAAGCAAUGACGCAUCGAUAGCAGUUCGUCGAAACUAACUUGAAAUUGUGCGUUUGAUUAAUGGAUAUAUACUAUUCGGUGUAGUGUUCAUUAUUGGAGAACAUCUUGUGUUUAUAGAUCGCUUAACCACGUAUAGGAAUGUGUUUGCAUUUAAAUAUUUUGACAAUGAUUGCGUCUAUUUUUAUUUUUAUUUUUUUUUCCUUUUUGGAACGUAAUGAAGAAUUGUCGAAGCUUCUUUUUUUUUUUGUUUUCGUCAAUGCUGAAACAGAGUCAAAGGGCCCAGUCGUGUUUUGUACGAAACGGACCACUCCCUAUUUCUUCUUUCCUCGCGAUCCCCGUCGUGCAAAUGCAAGUCGUCGAUAAAACACGAUGCAGCACGUCGUCCACGAAGCGCAUUAUCCGCUUGCAUUUCGCAAUACUCUUUGUGGACCACGUUGCUAAGAGAGCAUUGCCUUAAAAAGCGAAAGUCAAAGUAGAUGGAAUGGGCAUAGUUGGAAUCGUCGUAACGAGAGAUAGAGAUACAAGAUCUGAUGAAGCAACGUUAAUAGUGAUUACCGUCGAUAAAUGAUUAAAUGUUCCAGUUAAAUUCGAUUCGUGAAUACGAUUGCAUCAUCCAGAUCUUUUAACUGCCUCGGAAAGAACGAAUUACCGAGAAAAAAAAAUUGACAUCCUGAUUUUCAAUUCGUUACACCUUUCUAACGAAGUCAUGGAACGUUUGCUCGUAGAUAAAUACGUGUUUUAUGCUAUCAUGGUCGCGUUUAUGUUAAGGAUACAGAGUCAUUUAUUGUGAUCGUCUUAUCGUUAAACUGUUAUUCGAUAAAAAAUUGUCUCUACACGGGCAGAUUUUAUUGAAACGGAAAAUGUAGUUAUAGUACUAUUAUCAUUAUUCUUAUUACCAUUUAUUAUUGUUAUUAUUAUUAUUAUUAUAUUAUCAUCGCUAUCAUCGUCAUCGUUUCAUUGUCAUUAUCAUCGUCACUCUCAUUAUUGUCGUCAUUAUUAUUGUAAUUAACGAUUACUGCUGUAAUCAUUGUUAAAAAAAAAGCUAUCUUCGGAAGAAAUUAGAUUCAUCUAUCCAAUCUAGAAUAAUGUAUUUAUUUAAACUGACCACGAUCAGUGCAGAUGGAAAAGUGAACAUUGUAACGCUGUGUUUGAAUUGUGGUUGUCUUUCCAAUAAUAGAUAUAUUCGUCUUUCAUA